AUGAUACGCCCGGCAUCGAAAGAUGGGAGCAUUACCCCUCGGAACCUCUCUGUGGAUCGGAGCAUAAUAACUGAGAGCGACGCUCAAUCCAAGGUCCCUGAUUGGAGGCUCAUAUGCGGGGGUCAUCUAGCAGACCUCAUCACCUACACAAACACCUCCUCUGUCUUUUUCGUCGUCUACCUCAUCCUGACUUCCACACCGAGCAUUUUCAUGGGAUUGGCAAUCGCGUUCUGUACGACAACUUUGGUCGUUCACGCGUUCACGGCCUUCAGCACCCUGAUUUGCGUCCCGGCUAUGAUUUUUGACCACUUCUUCGCCACGGAUAUUUGUUCUUAUUUAAGUCAUCUCGGCUACUGGGUUCUGAGGAUACACGGGAAAGUGAUACACGGUCAUGAGAUUCUGGGCAAAGAAAAUAUUCCGAAGACUUCCGGAGGUCUCAUAGUGUACCAUCAUCUCUUGUUCCCAUAUGACUUGGUCUACUUGAUGAGUGAUUUCUACUUCGAACACGGAAAACAGCUGAGCGGGAUAAUCCAUUCGAAAAUGGUGAAAAUCUGUCCAGGGCUCUGCAGAAUGCUGCCCUUCUUCAGCGGGAAGGAAUCAUUAAUUCGGAAAUUGAGGAGAGGGGAAAUAUGCUCGGUGGCCCCAGGCGGAGGCUACGAAGCCGUUUUCGGAGAUAAUACCACACUCUUGUGGAGGGGGCGGACCGGAUUUGCGGCCGCAGCCAAGGAAUGCGGAGUCCCCAUUAUACCGAUGUACACAGUCAAUGGAAACGAAGCAACGCCGCUCAGGCUUUGCGCUUUCCGGGAGUUCUUCGCGGAGGUUCAUGAAGCGACUCGGCGAGUUCCCUACCUGCCAAUGCUGCACUUUCCGGUGAAGUUGCGGACGAUCCUCGGCGAACCCCUAUUGUGCGGGGAGAACGAAAGCCCCGAAGAUUUCGCAGAACGGGUGAAACUAGCAAUUGACGAUCUGCGAGACAGAUAUCGGCGCAGACCAGGCUCGACGUGGCUCGCUUUUCUGGAAAGAUUCGGCUACAUUCCAUCGCCGUCGAAGGAAGGUUGCAGGCCUUGA